CUCUGGGCUCCAGGACAAAGAGCCUUUGUUCCCAAAGUGCUUUUGCUCCCCUCAGAAGCCAGACAGAUGUCUCCAGCCUCUCUUGGUCAACAUGAUGGCCAAGACCCGUAGUGACCAUCUGCUGUACUCCCUGGAAGAGCUGGUGCCCUAUGACUUUGAGAAGUUCAAGUUCAAGCUGCAGAACACCAGCCUGGAGAGGGAACACUCCCGGAUCCCCCGGGGCCAACUCCAGACAGCCAAGCCAGUGAAGCUGGCCACUCUGCUGGUCACCCACUAUGGGGAAGAGUAUGCCGUGCGACUGACCCUGCAGGUCCUGAGAGCCAUCAACCAGCACCUCCUGGCAGAGGAGCUCCACAGGGCCGUUGUCCCAGAGUAUCAGAUGCAAGAAGGUGGCACAGACAGCUCAGCCAUGCCUUACUCCUCUGCGGAGAUUAAGCCCAAGAGCCUGAAGAUACCAGAUGGCCUGGAAGGGGACAAGCAGCGACAAAGUGGUGAUAUGGCUGGCUGCCCACCAUCCAUCCAGCCCGAGGCUGGUAGGGGGCCCCAGAAGAAGCCUCAGGGAAAACGGAGAGACCUGAAAGGCACUGAGGUCCUGGAUGUGCAGGGCAAGCCAGGGGCCAGGAACAUGACUCUGUCUUCCAAGAGAGGCCCAUUCCCCAGCAAGCCUCAGGGGGAGAAGGGGAGCGAUUCCAGCGUCAGGCUACGCAGGAAUGCCAGCUCUGCGGGAAGGCUCCAGGGACUCUCCAGUGGGUCAUUGGCUGGGUCCCUGGGAAGGAGAGAAUUGAGAACAUCUGAGGCAUAUUCACCUUCCGGAAAGAAGCGACCCAAAAGUCUUGAAUUUGCCAUUUCUCCAGUAGAGACAGAAUUUCUCAAUCCAGAAAUUCUUCUGCUUCAAGAUAAAAUGAGAAGUGAGAAUCCAGGCUCAGCAGCCACUCCCCGUGAAGUGGCCAUUCUGACUGUAGGGGCUACUGGGGCUCCAGAGAGAGGAUCCAAGAAUCCACAACAUCCCAUGACCCUGGAAGGAGGAGCACUCAGGAAUACACUUUCCAAUGUAUCAUUGGCUGGAAAGAAGACCUGGGAGCAUCCAGAAUCCACAGUAUGUUCAGAGAAGAAUGGAAUUGAGGCUCCAGAGACCUCUAAGACCUUGGAGGAGGUGGUAGGCGGUGUGCUCCACGAGCCUUCAGAUCCAGAAGACUAUCCGUCUUCAGGGAGGCUGCAGAACAAGGCUGUGUGUCCCCUUUGCCGCGCCCAGGAAGGAGACCCUGUUGGUGGCAGCUGUGUGCACAACUCCUGCAACUGCUCUAUUGCUUCCGGGGAUCCUGAGCCCUCAUGCGGCUGCUCACCCAGCUGCCCUCGGUGCCAGGACUUGCACCCAGGGAAGAGUUAUGGAAGUUGUGAGCAGCAGGAAGGCCUGCAGAUGGCCGGCCUGAGUCCCAAGUCCCUGCCACAGUGUAAGCGUCACAUGAAGCAAGUGCAGUUGCUCUUCUGCGAGGACCACGGGGAACCUAUCUGCCUCAUCUGCAGGCUGAGUCAGGAGCACCAAGGUCACCGGGUACGCCCCAUUGAGGAGGCCGCCCUGGAAUACAAGGAGCAAAUUCAGAAGCAGCUGGAGCAUCUGAAGGAGUUGAGAAAAUCUGGGGAGAAGCAGAGAUCCCAGGGAGAUAAGAAGACAGAGAACUUCCUGAAACAAACUGAAACUCAGAAGCAGAGAGUCCAGAACCAGUUGGAACAGUUGUGCCAGUUUUUAGAGCAGCAGGAGCAGCUCUUUGUGGCCUGGCUGGAGGAGCUGGGACAGACCAUUGGCCAGGUCAGGGAGACAUAUGGCACCCGAGUAUCCAGGGACAUCGCCCUUCUUGAUGAGCUGAUUGGGGAGCUGGAGGCCAAGCAGUGCCAGCCAGAAUGGGAACUAAUGAAGGACAUCGGAGUCACCCUGCACAGGGCCAAGAUGGUAACUGCCCCUGAGCUGUGGACCACCCCUCCAGAGGUGAAAGAAAGGAUCCACCUGCUUUACCAGAAAUCAGAGUUUGUGGAGAAGAGCAUGAAGCACUUCUUGGAAACCCUGCGCUCAGAAAUGGAAACCUUCAGUGUUCCAGAACUGAUUGGUGUUCAGGCACCCUGAGGUGAGAGGCCUGGACCUGCCGGGUCCCUGUGCCAUCCCCCAGCGUGUUACAGAAGAACAACCCUGUCCAUGUUUCCCGGAUAUGGGGAGAAUCCUGUGGGGAUGUUGCCCAUGGACCUCCAGCCAGGAAUUCUAAUUCUCUCUGCAGUUGAUGUAAUUCUGGAAGCGGAAACUGCCCACCCCAACCUCAUCUUUCACCUUCUCUGAUGACUUGAAGAGUGUGAGACUUGGAAAAAAGUGGGACCAUCUGCCUGACAGUCCAGAAAGAUUUGAUAGCUGAAUCAUUGCCCUGGGCUCUCUAAGCUUCCUCUCUAGCCACCAUUGCUGGGAAGUGAAGGUGGGAGACAAGACAAGGUGGGUCCUGGGUGUCUGCAAGGCAGCCACCAGCAGGAAGGAGACUAUGACUCUGUCACUAGAGAAUGGUUACUGGGUAGAGAUGAUGAUGAAGCAAAAUGAGUACCAGGCAUCCACUUUUCCCCUGAACCAGAUGCGGGAAACUGAAGAGGCAUGUGGGUACCUUCCUGGACUACAAGGCUGGGGACACUUCCUUUUACAACGUGACACAUUGUAAAUCCCACAUCUACACAGUCACUGGCUUCUUUUCCUCUGGGCCCUUUCAACCUAUCUUUAGCUGCAGGACACAUGAUGGAGAGAAGAACUUGGAUCCUCUGACCAUCUGUCCAGUGGGCACCCAGGGGCCUCACUGAAUGCCCAACACUCUGCAUCUCUCUUCAGGCUCCUGGCCUUGUAUCUCGAAUCCAUACACUCAAGAGUCACUAUGGAACACCUACUGAGUUCUGGCUGCUGUGGGGAAUAUAAUGAAUAAGAGAAUAGUCCCUGCCAUGGAUUUCAGAGAAGGAAGCACAUGGAUGUUGCUUUAUAAAUCCUUGUAUGAAUUAGCACCCACAGAUGCUCCUGAGUCAGAGAGCCCACUGUUGUUCGCCCUCAGGCCCCCCAAACAAGGAUUUGUUCCCUCAUUCUAUCCUCCCUUGUCUUGAGUACUUCGGAAGCCUAAGGAAAAAACAAGUAGAGUGGAUUGUCAUCAAUCAUUUUUGUACUUGGAUUAACGAACUGUGGUUCUUAAGAGCACUGGCUGAGCCUCAUAAAUAAAUCCAUUAGAAAAUGUCGUCAUAAUUGCAGUUGUCACUCAGUCGAUCACUAUGAGAUCCCAAGUCCCUACAGAAGAUCACAAGGGAAAUGGGGCUGCUGUCAGAAAAACAUCUGACACAUGUUCCAAGUGUCAGAUUAUUCUCCCCUGAUCUGUAUCUGCAAAGCUGUGGGCCUGUGGAAUAUGAGAUGUUCUAGUUCACAGAUGUUCCUCUAUCAUCCUCCACUUAAAGAGAUGUAAAGAGAGGGAUGUCAGAGAAAAGGAGAGUCAAUGAAGAUUCAACUCCAAACUCUCCUACUCCAACCUCUCUUCCCAUCUCCACACUAGCGCCUACACUGGACUUGGGUUCUCCAUGGUUGUCACCAGAGCACAAAACACUUGCUUUGCUUUUUUCAUGGAGCUUUGUUCUAUGUGCAUAAUGCACAUGCUGGCACAGUUCACAUAUGCUAUUUGUUCAGUGUUCCCUAUGGUUGGUCAUUUGUUGUUCCCAAGUCUCCCUCCUUCUCUUUCCAUGAACAGCAUGGUGUGUAUUUCCAUCAACUCCCCAUACACAUAUUUCCUCUACUGUUUUUCCUAAAAUGGUUCUAGAAUGUGAACUAUUUUGAUAACGCUUGCAGUAGUUGGCCAUACAAUCCUUUGGAAAAGAUUUUUAAAUGUUUCAUGUUCGAAGCAAUGUUUGUCAUUUUAAAUAUUUUUGCUGAUUUAAUAGAGAUUUAAUGGA